UCCUUCGUUUUCCACCAAUCUUACCGAGAAUUGAGAUUGCAUGCAAAUCAGCCGCGUCAUUCUUGUGAAGGAGAAAAGAACUGAGUGAAAGCGAGGGAGAGGACUGGCAGCGCAGGACAUUCUUUCUCUUAUGGGAAAGAAUUUAUCGCUUGUCUUCUCUGCCCCUCUUGCAAAGUAGCUCGCUUGCCGCCCACAUGCAUGAAAUUUAGCUGCCGCCGAGAUUCAAUGCUGUUUGCGGGGAAGUUGAGAAUUCCUUCCGUACGAAGCUGGUAUUUUUUGUGGUUGCAUUUUGACGGUGCAGUUCUGGGUUUGUGAACCGUGUCGAGAGAACAUUUGGAAAGUGUACUCAUUUUCAUGACCAUGGGCACUGGACGUAAACGGAGCACGAAGUUGUACUGGUGGGCAGUGAUUAUUGUUGGGGUUUUGCACCAACGUUGCUGUCAUGGAAGUUGCCCCGAGAGUGAACUGGAAAAAAGGGAGGAAGCGGCGAAUAUAGUUUUAACUGGGACUGUAGAAGAAAUCAUGAACAUGGAUCCAGUGCACAACACCUACUCGUGCAAGGUGAGGGUGUGGCGCUACCUGAAGGGCAAGGGCACGGUGAACGGCGAGGUGCUGCUGGACGGCGGCAACAAGGUGAUGAUCGGGGGCUUCGGCGACCCCGUGAUCUGCGACAACCAGGUGGCCACGGGAGACACGCGCAUCUUCUUCGUCAACCUGGCGCCGGAGUACAUGUGGCCGGCGCACAAGAAUGAGCUGAUGCUCAACUCCAGCCUGAUGAGGAUCACCCUGCGCAACCUGGAGGAGGUGGAGAACUGCGUGGAAGGGGGCCUCCAGCAGGAGGCCAUUGAGCGACCACCGCGUGAAGUGAGAGGGGUCACGCAGGCGGGUCGGGGCAACUUCCGAAAGUUCCGCCGCUCCUCAAACUUUCUGCGCUCGGUGGGCGGAGAAGGGGGCCGUGCGGAGUAG